UUAGCUAGAGUCAGAAAGAUAAAUAGAGCCUGGACUCUGUUAGGCAGAAGAAGAGAUGGUCGGACCAAUAAGACCGCAGUUUGUGCUGUUUGGUUCGUCCAUCGUCCAGUUCAGUUUCAGCAAUGGAGGUUGGGGUGCCAUUCUUGCUGACUUAUAUUCUCGGAAGGCGGAUAUAGUUGUGCGUGGCUAUGCUGGUUGGAAUUCAAGGCAAGGUCUGCAGGUUUUAGAGCAAGUGUUCCCAAAGGAUGCAAGUAUUCAGCCAUCCUUGGUGAUAGUCUAUUUUGGUGGUAAUGAUUCAAUGCUCCCCGAUCCACUAGGCUUAAGCCCUCAUGUACCUCUUCCUGAGUAUGUAGAGAACAUGAGAAAGAUUGCUACACAUCUGAAGAACCUAUCGGAGAAAACCCGCUUUAUCUUUCUGACUGCUCCUCCUGUCAACGAGGAGCAAAUGCGAAAAGCGUUUAGUGGCAUCAUGAGGGAGAAUAGUCGAACAAACAAGCUGUGCCAAAUGUAUUCAGAUGCUUGUGUAGAGCUUUGCAGAGAUAUGGAUAUCAAGGCUGUUGAUCUUUUUACUUCAAUGCAGAAAAGAAAGGACUGGUCGACUAUGUGCUUUACGGAUGGUAUCCAUUUUUCAUCGGAGGGGAGCAAGAUCGUGGCGGAGGAGAUACUGAAGGUCCUUGAAGAAGCAGACUGGGAACCCAGCCUGCAAUGGAACUCAUUGCCAACCGAAUUUGAAGAGUAUUCACCUUAUGCUCCCACUCGGGUUGAUACAAAAAAACAACUUUGAAUGUCUUACA